GGAUGCUGCAGACUCGUCACCCUCAUACCUCACUCCACCCAGCCCUAGAAUAAAAACGCACCGGUGACGUGCGCGUAGGGUAGCACCCAGCAGUAUGUGCGCGCCCACGGGAGGGGCCGACAGAAAAUGGCGAGUCUGUGCAAAAGGCAGCAAUGCACGAUCGAGAGGCGCGGCUUUCGGCAGGAACUUGACUCUUGGAGGCACAAACUCAUUCACUGUGUAGGCUUUGAAAGCAUCUUGGAAGGCUUGUUUGGGCCGGGUGUAAUCAAGGAUAUUACUCUUUUCCAAGACUGUGAGCCUGAGCACGUGUCCGACUGGUCCUUUGAUGAAAACUGUCUCUUCUGCUGCUUAAGACACGAGAAAGUCACGGAGCACAGCGUAGAGAACGGCACAGGCAGCCAGGUGCUGUCGGUGUGUGAAGACUUCAAACAGGAUCAGUGUCGCAUCAGCCGGCUGGAGAGACAGGCCCACGACUUCCUCAAUGCUGUGUUCCACAGAAAAGACCUCCCGAGUUUCUCAGACCCUCACAUUCCUCUAGUGGCCCGUGAGAUCAUGCAGCGAAUGAUUCGCCAGUUUGCUGCCGAAUAUACCUCAAAAACUACUCAGGACGACCCGCCCCUGCCCAACGGCACCAUGAAGGACCAAAGCCUGACAAGACCGGCGUCUCUGGCCCCGGCCCCCUGCUCCCCACACAGGUCUUUACCUGCACCAAGCUCACCUCCAUCAUCUGCCUCCUCCUCCCCAUCCCCAACCCCAGCACUGAGCCUCAGCCCCACCACAGCUGCAUCAGUGCCCGCCUGCAACCAGGGCAACAACGGUACAGCAGCCAGUAAUGGAAGGGGAGGAGGAGGAGGAGCUGCGGCCUCUGCACAGAACCCCGUCCUCAGCAAACUUCUCAUGGCUGACCAGGACAGCCCGCUGGACCUCACCAUCAAAAAGAGCCCGGUGGACCCAGAACCCAGCCAUCAGGAUGGUGUCCUGGAUCUCUCCACCAAGAAGAACCACAGCGCAGGCAGCGGCCUCCUCAAAACCUUCCCCAGCUUUUCUGCUGCUCUCAGGGUCAAAGGACGUUCUCUAAAAGUGGAACACACCGUCCCAGAGGCGGAUGAGGAUGACAACCUGCUACAGAGAAGCUUGCAAGAUGGACUGAAGGAUAAUUAUGUUGGCUCCAACUCUUUCAAGCCCCCACUGGCCCGGUCACUGCGUAUCAAAGAAGAGCUCCUCAGUCAGAAGCACCGUCUCUUGAGCCAGCCUGCUGCACUGUCAUUAGCGAACCUAGAGUCAGCUGGUUUACUCAGUCAUGGGCAGUCUCAGUCUUUGCUUGGUCAGAAGGGGUCUUCCUCUUUCUGGGAGAGCAAGGCCCACCUGGACAAUUUAAUGAAAUUAAAGCAGGCUAGUGGAGUUUUGGGAGGGGCCCUCAGUGAGCUCAAAGACCUGCCCACAUUCAUGGACAACCACAACCACCAUGGAGCCUCUUCAUUCAAAAGUUCUGUCACCCAUCACCAACAUAAUCAGGUCUCCAAGGCCCAACACCACCUAAAUGAGGGCAAAAAAGACCAUGGCCACUCACCUCCUGUUGACCUGAAGAUCCCUCAGGUUCGAGGCAUGGAUCUCUCCUGGGACUCUCAUGCCUCUGAUCCGUAUGGCUAUGGCUCUAUGGGGGUAGGAGGUGGCAGCCAUGGAGAAAAUAUCCUGACACGAAAGCUGAGAGCCAUCUUGCCCAAACAGAACCGUAGAGGAGGAAGCCUUGGAAACUUGCUGGAUGGUGCGGCUGACUACUGGACCUCUGACUUGGACCACUCCACCUCUGGGCCAGCGUACUCCACCUCAGAUGUUGAGGGGGACCUCAGUUCCAAACAGCCAAGGAAGAAGAGAGGCCGGUAUCGCCAAUACAACAGCGAGAUCCUGGAGGAGGCGAUAGCGGUGGUAAUGAGUGGGAAGAUGAGUGUGUCAAAGGCACAGAACAUGUACGGGAUCCCACACAGCACACUGGAGUACAAGGUUAAGGAGCGUAUGGGAACCCUGAAGAACCCCCCAAAGAAGAAGCUGAAGCUGAUGAUGAAGCUAGAAGCAGGAGGCCAAGAUUUUCAAGCUGAGUCUGAGAGCACGCCAACCACAACCCCGCGAGAUGAGGGGCCGCCGCUCGUGGCUGUUGAGCUUAAUGACAGUGUGAAAGAAGAGAUUGAUGACAGUUUCAAACCAAUCAAUUAAAUGACUAAAAUUUGUAAACCUCAGUCAAAUGACUACAUUUUACAAUGGAUGGGGCUUUAUUUGUGCCAUUUUACUUUGCAGUAUCUGGGUGAGCACAAACACAGAGAUAAUAUGAGGAGGAUUCUUUAAAAAACUGACUGCAAAGAAACAACUGAUUUUUAAUGGGCGUCCCCUGGGCGACGCUGUGCAAGCAUUUGUUUAGCUUUCAUAUCCAUGGUCUUAGCAAAUGCCAUGUAGGACAUGAGUUACAUGACAAUUCAUGAAAUUUCCUUAUUAAGCAUGCUGAUAAUCCCCAGCCCUAAACUCAGUCCCCUUCUUGUCUGAACUUGAUACACUAAACUGAUGCUGCUUAUAAAUGCAGUUUGGGCUUUGGAACAUUCCAAUCUGGGGGAAAAAUAAUCGAAGGGGAAGGUUUAAAAAGUAACUCCUUACAAAGCUGACAAAUGAGUGUCCUUUAACCCAUCCUGUCUCGAGGAGUACUAUCUGAAAAUUGGUAAGUGAACUGUUAAUUUGACGCCAACUGUAAAGAAUGAAUCAUGCCAUUGAUACUGUAUUCCUCACCAGGGUUCUGAAUCAAAACCCAUUCUCUUAUUGCCAGGUAGCCAUGACACUUUAACUCCUUAGUUAUUCUGCUUAUCUCUGUGUGGACGAAAGCAACAUUGACCCGUCCUUUUUGAAUGAGAAAAGACACAAACGUCAUUCAGGGAUGCAUGUUUGUGAGUUUUGUGGAUACUACUGACUUCUGUGAUUGACUUAUUUCCUCUCUUCUUUGAUUUGUUUUCUUUUGCACUACACUUAGGGUCUGGUGCUUACAGACCAGGUUACCUCGGCAUUGUUGCCCUUGCAUCAUGCACUUAUUAGGUCUGUCUCUGAAGCCCAGUCACAACUUCACUACAAGAUAGAGGUGCAAGUCGUCUGCAAACAGUGAUCCAUAAUGACGUCUAGAAAGCUCUUUAGCCCUCUUUUUUUUUUGUUUGUUUGCCCAAGGGACAAGUGGAGGUGUCGUCCAAUUGUGGAUCGAUUGUUUUCAAGGCGAAAUGCUACCUCAUGGACAUCCAUCGGUGUUUCACUUCUGAUCCCCAAAUGCCGGAGCAGCGUUGAGGUUCCUUGUAAAUGGUGUCCAAACCCAGUCCACGUCUUUACAAAUACCUUCUGGAUAAAGGCUGGUGUGCUAGCUUGAAGGCCUUCUGUGAUCAGAAAGUGAACUGCUGCUAUCCAGCUGAUUAUCUUGCUUCUGUGCUAAGCUUUAGCUAGAUUGAGCUCAAGAAUUUUAGCUGCAUAACAAGAAUACAUUGCAAAUGGGUCCCCCCCCCCCCUUUUUCCCCCCAAUCAAAUUAGACAGAAACAUCUCAGCAGAUUAGGAAAACAAAAACUCUUAUUUUCCCAAAUUUCAAGGACUGUUUCACAGACGAUAAUGUGCAUUUACGUAGGCUCAUUUUGGGGUAGUGAGGAGUUCGAUAUGCAGUGGGGAGGGGUAGUUGAUAGAGAUGAGGGAAAGAAAGGCAGAUUUAAUAUAUUAUAAAUUAUUAUAACUGAUGUAAAAGCCAAUCCAUAAUUCUGGAUGAUUUCUAAUUUUUAACUCAGGGUAACUGAGACAUGAUACGGCUUUUAAUUGUGGUUGUUACUUGUUGGACCUAGAGUUGAAAGACAAGAGGACGAGCUAUUGCCUCUUGCGCUUUCUUCGUCUGCAGGGGUUAUGUGAGCAAAGGCGGCAACGCGAAAGUCUGUCUGACCUGCUAAUGCAUCGAGAAAACUACACAAUAUGUUGACGUCAGUUUGGGGAAGAGAACUUAUGAUGGUAAAACUUCUACAAUAGCACUUUUCACAAAUAAGAGAAAGAAGCUGUUUGAGGUUAUGGACAUGUGUUGUAGCUCUUCUGUGGCGUGCCGGCGUUGGGAUGUGGAGCAGGAAAAGAUGAUGAAGGAAAAAAGAGAAAAGCUUUAGUGUGUCAAGACUUUCUGAAAGCUGUAGCUUGGAUCCAAACCUCUCUUUACUUUUCUCCUCUCGCUUACUUCUGCCACAAAGAAAAAAAAAAAGUUUGUGUCGUGUGGUCUUGUUUUCCUGCCCGUCACCGCUGAAGCUCCAGGGACAGAAAAGCUUUCAUCACAUUUUACCAGAAGGGGAAAGAAUAUCCUCGUUUAAAAAAAACAACGCUCUUUUGGAAUUGUUCCAUCAGGAGAAAUUUGAUGGAGACAACACAAAGCUGUUCGGUUGUAACUGAGUUGUUUUUUAUUUUUUUGCUGAGUGGUAAAUGUUGCUCUUCGCUCCAAACACUGCCUGGUGCUCACCCAGUCUGUGAGAACUCUUAAAAUGAAACGAUGAGUCACUCCUUUGAAAAUAUAUUGUACAUUUUAUUUAUUAUUAGAUCUUUUAUUUUCUUUGAUCAUUCUUUUUAAAAUGGCAUGCACCAGUUUGUUUUUGGCUGAUUUGGAGGAGUAAAGCCAUUUUGAAACAUUUGAAUUUGCUAAUCCUGAGGUGUAGAUGCUCAUUUUCAUACUAAAUUACAAAUUUAAUGACGUUAUUAAAUUAUUUUGUACAUUUUGCAUACAAUCUAACCUUUUGCGGUGAUUUCUUCACCACUUGAAGCUUUUUAGAAGCCUUCAUUUGAUUGGUGAAAACUCUAGAAGGUACUUCUAGAACAAGGAUCUGGCUGGGUUGGUUGGCGAGCAUGAAAUGCAACACUUUGACAAUGCCGAGCAUUUGAAGUGUCUAAUCCGUUAUUGUGUGUUUAAUGUUGGAGCCAGUGAAGGAAAAUGCACUGAUCUGAUAGUAAAAACAGGAUCAAACCCCAGUAUUGAUAGGAACGCACUUCGUAUAAACACGCCAUAGCUGCUUCAUGUACAGUGUUUGAAAUAGCUACAAGCGGUCGCCGAGCUCUGACAUCCCAUUGAUAGGAACAGAUGUGCAGUGACACUCAGAAUUUUUUAAAUCCUACCUAAACACAUGGAUGUGUUUGCUAACCAGGUUAACUUACAAAUAUGUUUCAGUGUUUAUUAACGUAACAAGGCUGUAUAACAGCAUACUGGGGACGACCGUACACAAUGUUCAAAUAUAGCCUGUAUUUUAGCUGUAUUUAUGGGGCAGAGGUUUUAUUUCUAACAUGGAUUUAAAUACAAUAUGAUUGCCUACAGUUACAGGAACGGAUCUGGUUUGUAAUCCGGGAAUCGCCUCAACAGAUAGUUUACACUGAUGUCAUCGUCACCAUCAUUUAAUUGCGACAAGAGCUAAAACACCGUAAAAAGUCUAACAUAAAGGAACAUUUUAAACAGUAAAGAUACUAUUUAGUAAAGUAAAUGCUCAUGCAUCAACUGCAUUCUAAUUAAUAUUAGUAGGUUAAGCAAAAUCAACAGUUUUGCUGGUAACGGAAAAACAGUUCUUCAUACAACCCUAGAAAAGCUAUAAAAUCAAAAUCAGUUGGCGCCUGUAUGAAUUUAUCAGUUUUAGGUACUUUUUGUACGGCUUACCACCAUGCUCCGUUCUAUUAGACUUUUAACGUAUUAGCUAUUAGCAGAAGUUCCGAGGAUACAAGUAAAAAUUGUUGAGCUUACAAGAUGUGCAGGGUUUUUUUUUUUUCUGGUUAUGAUAAAGUUGAAGCAAUUCCAAAUUUGUUAAUCCUGUGGCUGAAUAUAGCGGGAGAGCAAGCUAGUUAGCUUGUAGCUGCAGCUGAUAAACUGAAAUUUGAAACUACUGCUCAUACUAUUUUUCAGUGUAUUGAUUAGAAAUACUUGUGUAGUGACACUGAAGGGUCAUUUAUUUGAUCGUAGUCAUUAGGUAUUAUCAGAUAAUAUCAGAUAUUUUAAAUAAACAGUAAAAUGUUCCAAUGAUGUACGUUUAGAUGAACAUUGCUUGCAAUGUUUACUAACGUGCACCCACCCUGUGAGCUAAAUAUGUGCUAAUCGUUUAUACAAAAGUCUUUACAAGUGUUAGCAAUCAUAACCAUACUUUGUAUAAAAUACUCCAAACAGAUAUUUCAGUGUUCCAUUGGCCUGAUAAUAUCUAUGAACUAGGAGGAUUGACGUACUGAAGACGUCAUCUUUCCCGCCACUAAAACAGCAUCUUAAUUUACUGUGAGCCAUUUUGCAUACUUACAAGCGGUAUCGAAUCAAAAUUCUAAAGCCAGAAACAGCAGCUGUGUAAGAGAUCAGGAGUCGGUGAUAUCAAGUGGAAACUAUCUGUUGUAGUUCCUGUCCUAUAAAAGUAAAACACACACACACACAGAAAGCCCACGGUAAUCUGCCCUUGACCCUAUUUCAUGUAAUGCAUGUAAACAUGGUUUGUGUUUUAAAAACAAAUAGAAAAAAGUUAAAAUAGUAUAAUUGGGGCAUAACGCAGAGUUUUGCAUGGAUAAAGUCCAUUAGCACUUAGAAUAAACUCCCCUGACUGGGAAUAUACCUCGAAGGCCAAGUAAUUUAUUUGAGAAAUUUACACAAUUUUUAAAUCUUUUGCAAAAUUUACAAAAGUGUGAGACUGAAAAUGUGACUGCAUUUCAUUACAAUUUGCAGGUAAAAUUGCAUUAGAACUGUAAUUUUUUUUAAAGUCUCAUUUUCAGCCUAAUCUUAUCUCCUGAGGUGCAUGCCAUUUAAAUUAUAUUUAUUCUAAUUUAGCUGCAUUCUUUUUGGGUUCCAUUGAUUUCUAUUCAUGUGGUUAACGGCUCCCCCUGUCCGAAAAAGUCCUCCUCCUUGUAGCCGAGUCUUGCUGUAGUUCUGAAACGAACCUCACGUGAUAAUAAAUACUUAAGAGAUCAUAUAAUCUAUUUAUAUACAUAUAUUUAAAUACUCGUAAAAUGAAUGUAGAGAACUGACAAGAAUAUCACAAAGUCACACAUCCACAGCAGUGAUUUGCAAAAAAUAAAAAAAAAGAAGAAAAAAAGAGAAAAAAAGGUGAUGGCACUGUCACAGAUUUUUAACAGACUGUUGUUUGUGUUGUUUUGCUUUUUUUAAUUUAAAUUUGACGCUGCUUGCAUUGGAAAUGUAGUUGUUUUCUGAUGCGGGUGUGCAACAGUAGCCUUCAGUACUGUAAAUGCCUCAGGAUCGAGCCAAUAGAUGGGCAGCAAUAUUUGUCAGUCG